CGUCGCUCUCCGAUGCCGAGCCGUGACAUGGGGAUCGGAAAGCUUUCCUUGCUUUGGUCACACUCUCAGAUGGCACGCGCUUAAAUAAAAUGCAUCUGGAAGGCAUAUUCUAUCUCUCAGCCAUGUGUAGCAUCGUGGAUUUAUGACGCUGAAGGCAGAUUGAGAUGAGGGAGUGUUAGGGGGAGAACCUGAGAGAAGAUUUACUGGCGACUAAAGGGAGAAGGUGCUCAUAUGUUUUGAUUAUGUUAUUUUUUUGUGCAAGCCAAGAGCUGGUUUUCCUCAUUUUGCAAGAUGUUUUCACUGACCAAAUGAUCUAGGUUGCUGUGUCGGAGCUGAGCCUCACUCACCUGUUUCCAACUGUGUGAAGAAAAGUGCAAAGAAGAUUUAAUGAAUCAGUAUUCGCUAGCCGACGCUAUGACUGACAAGGGAAACUUCACAGUUCCAAAGCUUUCAGAGUCCAAUAUGGGAUUUGGAGUGCUAGGUGUUUUUCUGGGGCUCCUCCUGGAGGUUUCAACCCACGGACCACACAGUGUUCCUCGAACUUCCUGGAAACGCCAAGAUUUGGACCUCAUGGAGUUUUCAGAGCCUGGCAUCUUUAACUAUUCGACGCUACUGCUGAGUGAGGAAAGAGGUGCUCUGUAUGUGGGAGCAAGGGAUGCCAUUUUUGAGCUCAACAAGAGGAAUGUGACGGUCAGGAACCAAAAGGUUCAGUGGAAAGUUGCAGAACAUCCCAUGGAGAUGUGCACACGUAAAGGAAAAUCAAGAGAGAGGGACUGCCCCAACUACAUUCGAGUGCUCCAGAUAGUGGAUGACAAGCGGCUUUACAUCUGUGGCACACAUGCUUUCCAGCCUCAGUGUGAUUACUUGAAUCUUGCAGACUUUUCUAUGGAGGGUCGACCUGAAGAUGGCAGAGGAAAGUGUUCGUUUGACCCUUCGCAGAGCUUUACCACCGUCAUGGUCGAUGGAGACCUCUAUUCUGGGACAGCUUAUAACUUCUUAGGCAGUGAACCGAUUAUUUCCAGAUAUUCCCCAUCCCAUUCCCUGCUGAGGACAGAGUACUCCACAUCAUGGCUCAAUGAGCCCAGCUUCGUCUUUGCAGAUGUGAUCAGAGCCGAGAAGCACAGAGGAGACGGCGAGGACGACAAAGUCUACUACUUCUUCACCGAAGUGUCAGUGGAGUACGAGUUCUUUGGCAAGCUGCUCAUUCCCAGGGUGGCUCGCGUCUGUAAGGGUGACCUUGGAGGAGAGCGUACUCUGCAGAAGAAAUGGACCUCCUUUCUGAAAGCCAAGCUGGUGUGCUCCAUGCCGGAGCUCAACUUUGUUUUCAAUGUGGUCCAUGAUGUUUUCAUCCUGAAGGGGAGAGACUGGAGAGACACAGUCUUCUAUGGUGUCUUCACUUCUCAGUGGGGAAAUGUGGGUUUGUCAGCGGUGUGUGCCUACAACAUGGCAGCUGUGGAGGAAGUCUUCUCUAAGGGGAAGUAUAUGCAGAAGGCCACAGUGGAGCAGUCCCACACAAAGUGGGUGCGGUAUAACGGCAUCCCUCCGUCUCCCCGUCCUGGUGCAUGUAUUAGCAACCAACUGCGUCAAAAAAACAUCAGCAGCUCACUCCACCUUCCGGACAAAACCCUUCAGUUUGUCCGGGACCACCCGCUGCUGGAGGACCCUGUCCUGCCCAUCGGCAACGGACCUCGACUCAUCACCAAGGACAUCAACUACACUCAGAUUGUAGUAGAGAGGGUCCGUGCUCUUGAUGGGAACAUUUAUGAUGUAAUCUUCACCGGAACAGAUAAAGGUGUCCUACACAAGUCUGUGGUGUUCGAGGAAGAUGUCCAUAUUGUGGAGGAGAUCCAGCUCCUGAAGAACUCUGAACCCAUAAAAAACUUGCUGCUGUCUUCAGAGACACAGUCAGUGUAUGCUGGGUCGGACUCUGGCGUCAUUCAGUCCCCCACAGCUUUCUGUGGAAAAUAUUCUACGUGUGACGACUGUGUCCUAGCUCGAGACCCCUACUGCGCCUGGGACCCCAACACAGCCGCCUGUGUCUGCAUCAUUGAUGCUCCAAAGGAGCAGCUCAGGAGGCUUGUCCAGAGUCUGAGCGGUGAUGCAAACAAGUGUCCUCCAGUGUCUUCGGUGUCUUUCAAGGACUAUCAGAAAGUAUUAGUGAAACCAGGCAGCUCUGCUGAGCUGCCCUGUGUGGUGAAGUCCAACCUGGCUCAUGUGAUGUGGAAAUCAAACAACACUCUUCUCGACGAGGCCUCUCGUUUCCACUUUAUCGGUGAAAACGGGCUCCUCAUUUACAGCGUGGCCCCCGAGGAUCAGGGUGACUACCAGUGCUGGUCUGUGGAAUGGGCUCCUGCUGCUGGGAAGAACUUUAGCCGCCUUCUUGCUGGAUACACAUUGAAGCUGGAUCUUCCUCCUGGACCCCUUGCCCGGACAAACCGUGUGGCCACCACAGUCCACAACCAGGAGACGAGUAGCGUACUUCCAGCUGAAGGUAAUGGUAAGACAGAGAGACAGCCACUAACUUCGGCCAGCUUCACAUCCACAGUCCUCCUCACCACCCCGCCCCAAACUGACCCAUCACUAACCCCGCCAUCCAGUGGCACAGUCAGGUUACAGCCAAGCAGGAACCAUCCCCCAAACGCCGUCAUUCCUCGUCCAGACAGCCAGGACCCUGCUGCGGAGUAUUUGCAACACAACAACAGCGUGGCCCUCCUCUUUCUUUUUCUCCUGUUCUUCCUCCUGUUUUUAGCUGCGAUGGUGUACAACUGCUACAUGCAGUAUCUCCCCGCCCCAUGCCUCAGGCUGCGAGCCACUCUGCUAGGGAGCAACAAGUGUACCCAUCAGCCAGAGUACAGGGCCUGUGAGGCGGGUUUAAUGGAAGCGUCUGCUGCCGACAAAAUUAACAUGACGGAACAACCCGCGCAGAACGGCAGCCAAACCACCAAAAACCUUCAGGCACUGCGCGACACUGGCUACGAGACGGAACCCGAGUGUGGCAACGGACGCCUCCCUUCUCACAACUUUGGAGGCGACAGCUCCUCCCAGGAAAAACCUUUCGAUGUGGACUGCGACUCCCAGUCCAUCCAGUUUGCGGAUGCAGAUGACGCUUACUGAUGAAUAUCAGUGGUGUGUUUAGAGUAGAAAGUGCGCUAGGGCUAUGUUCCUUAUUUCUGUAGUAGGCAUGGGCCAGUAUGAUGACCUUGAGUAAAAUAAACAGAUUGACGUAUUUAGCAUAACCCCUCCUCCCCCCAAAUGCCUGACAUGAUCCAGUUAAUUUUAUUUAAAACAACAUCUAUCAUGAGACUUAAGCAAAAAUAUAGAAUAAAUUCUAAAUUUAUUGUGGAGAAUAUUGAACCUUUUGGUCGUUAUGCUCCUGGAGAGUAGCACAGUUUUAACAGUAUGAUAUGUAGGCGCUAACCCAAAGUUGCUUUAAACUAGUGUCUUUAACCCCGUUAUGGAGGAAUGGGUGGUGUUUUUCACAACUAGAAAUGUUUCCAAACAGCUGAAUUUGUAUUCUAAGAGAGGGAAAUGCUCCUCCUCCUUUCCUUGGAGGAGGAGGAUUGUUGCCAUUACUUAAUGCUCUAUGCAUCUGGAAAAAACUCUGGUCAUGUUAACAAUUUGAUUCAUUUUAAAAGGCUAACUUUGUGAACUGUUUUCAUGCCUUCAUACUGGCUGCUGGUCACUGGCCCAUGCUAAGCAGCUAAAUGUCAUGAAAGUGAGCGUAUGUCCAGCAUGUAGCAAAUAUCUGAAGCCUUAAACCAGAUAUUCUGCCCUUUUGUGGUCUGAUUUAGAGCUUCUAUCCUUUCAGCUGAGUCCAGCAAGAAAAGCUAUUUCUUAUAUUCCAAAUUGGAAACAUUAUUUACCAAAUUGGUAAGUUAUUGUGAUGUUUUCCAAGUUGGAAUCCUAUUUCUAUUCAGCCUGAGUGGAUAAAAAUAUCCCUUGGAGCAUUUGCAUCCAUUUGUAUAACUGAUGCUUCAUCGUCAUAGUAAUUUCUCAGGGAGGUUCUGUGUGAUUUGCCUUUGUGUGUUGCUCUGUGUUGUCAGCCAUGCCCACCUGGUUUGUGACGUAUCACAGAGUCGAUUCAUCAGAAGAUAGAAAAACAGUCGGACAUCUUGGUUGGUGGAGAAAUGCUGGAAUGUAUCGAACCAUGGACUAUUGAUGAGUGGCACUGCUGAGAUAAAAAAAAAAAACGUUUUCUUUUUCUCUUUACCUGUGAAGUCGACAUUCCUGAUUGUCCUGUGUAUUAACCCUCAUCAGUCCGUCUCUCUUAUGUGGUGUGUUACUGAAAAAAAAUGUACAGUGUGAGCAGAGGACAUUAGAGCCCUGGAAACAAUCUGAAGUUUAAUAUUUAUUAUGAUUUUAUUAAACAUUCUAUUUUAGAUUAUUUAAAAUGACACAUCUGUGGUAAUAUCAACACAGCAAUUCAAUCCUUCAUUUUUAUUUUAUUUAUUGCAAAACUUCUAGUUUUAUACCUCCCACUCUCCCUUUUUUAUUCUCUGCAUGCCAUCCCGUGUUCAGACUUUCCUCAAAGCUCUCUUCUUUUCCACCACUCCCUCUCACAGCCUCCUCUAUCGACUCCUCAUCUUCUCUGUCAUCCUCUGGAAGUAGCUCUUGCUCUUCCCUCCCUUCCUCCUCUUCUCCCGCCAAGCCCCACUG